AUGGUCUUUGGGACUGUGACAUGUAUAUACUGUGGGGAUGAGAUGAGACAAGACAAAUUGGGAAUGAAGGAGAUGGAUUUUGGUGUUUGUGUCUCACAAAAAAAGUGGGAUUUGGAAGCUGAGGAUAAUGGUCAAAAGUCCGAGAAAAGAUAUCCUCCUUAUUCUGAUAUCCAUUAUGGUGUCACUGUGUUGCGUGCAAAUCGCACUCGUCUUCAGGAUUCUUUCCCAGAAAUUGAUCUUGUUAAAGAGGUGCGUGACAAUGGAAAAAAGGACGUAGUAAGAUCAGUUGAGAAUCGUAGUGAUUUGAAGCGUAUACAUUUGAAGAAGGCAUGGCAUGCAUGGUUGCGUGCAAAUGAAGGUCAUGGAGCAUAUAUACAGGUGUUGAGGUAA